GUUGGCUAAACCUGCGCAUGCACUGUACUCAUUGUUCCGUAGCAUAGUAGCCAGCACACCAGAGAUUGCGGGAAGACCAUAGACAGACUUCAUUCACGGGCUUCUCGAAAUUUCAUCUCCCCGUCCCUUUUACGAAGAACAUAUUUCGCGAUAAUACGGCGUUGUUUGCGCUACAGUCGUCUGAAACGGAGCAAAAGCAAUCCGAGAGGGGUUGUCUUCUGUGUUUUUAUCGGCGGUCUUAUCUGUAAGCGGCAGGCACCCGGACGCACGCUGAUGGCGGUCACUAUCGAGGAUCUCUAUCGUAACUACGGGAUCCUUGCUGAUGCCAAGGACAACCUCAGCCAGCACAAAGAUGCCUACCAAGUAAUCUUGGAUGGCGUGAAGGGUGGCCCUAAGGAGAAGCGCCUUGCAGCACAGUUUAUUCCCAAAUUCUUCAGCAGCUUUCCGGAACUGGCCGAUGCAGCCAUUAAUGCUCAGCUAGAUCUUUGUGAAGAUGAGGAUGUGUCGAUUCGACGGCAGGCCAUCAAGGAGCUCCCACGGUUUGCAACCGGCGAGAACAUCCUUAGAGUUGCAGAUAUUCUCACCCAGCUCCUUCAGACAGAUGAUACAGCAGAGUUCAACCAAGUGAAUGCAGCACUUGUUUCUAUCUUCAAGAUGGAUGCUAAGGGUACUCUCGGAGGCCUCUUCUCUCAGAUCCUGCAGGGAGAGGACAUAGUGCGGGAAAGGGCCAUCAAGUUUCUGUCAGCCAAACUGAAGACCCUGCCGGAGGACGUCAUGACCAAGGAGGUGGAGGAGUACGUUUUUGCAGAGACAAAGAAGGUGCUGGAGGAUGUCACGGGAGAGGAGUUUGUGCUGUUGAUGCGUGUAGUGUCGGGCCUGCGGGUGCUGCAGACUGUAAACGGGCGGCAGCAGCUGGUGGAGCUGGUCGUGGAGCAGGCUUUCCUGGAGCAGGCCCUCAACCCAGCUGACCCAGAUACUGUUGACCGACUGCUGCAGUGCACGCGCCAGGCCCUGCCCCUAUUCUCUAAAAAUGUCCAUUCCACACGUUUUGUAACCUACUUCUGUGAACACGUCCUGCCCAACCUGAGCACCUUGACAAGUCCUGUGGCUGAGCUGGACAUUCAGUUGGAGGUGCUGAAGCUGCUGGCUGAGAUGAGUCCGUUCUGUGGAGACAUGGAGAAGUUGGAGGCCAACCUCAACAUGCUGUUUACCAAGCUGCUGGAGUUCAUGCCUCUGCCACCAGAAGAGGUGGAGAAUGGAGAGAACUCAGCAAACGAGGAGCCCAAACUGCAGUUCAGCUACGUGGAAUGUCUCCUCUUUAGCUUCCACCAGCUGGGCAAGAAGCUGCCAGACUUUCUCCUCGACAAAGUGGAUGCUGAGCGCCUCAAAGACUUCAAGAUCAGGUUACAGUAUUUUGCCAGAGGCCUGCAGGUUUACAUCAGACAGCUGCGAGUAGCACUGCAAGGCAAGACAGGCGAUGCUCUGAAGACAGAAGAGAACAAGAUCAAAGUGGUGGCCCUCAAGAUCACAAACAACAUCAACGUCCUCAUCAAGGAUCUUUUCCACAACCCUCCAUCAUUCAAGAGCACAGUCACUCUGUCCUGGAAACCUGUCCAGAAGACAGAGGCAGUAGCGCCCAAGCGCCCGUCAGGUGAGGAUAUGGGCUCUGGCGGCAGCACAAAAAAACAGAUCUCUCCUCAGCCCCGGAGGGACGCACGGCAAAUCUACAAUCCCCCCAGCGGCAAGUACAGCGCCACCAUUGGCAAUUUUAACUACGAGCAGCGUGGCGGGUUCAGGGGCGGCCGAGGACGAGGCUUUGGAGCUAGAGGCAACAGGAGCCGAGGCCGAACCUACUGAGACACAUACACGCAGUACAUAUUGCUCAUUGAACUGCAUCACAUCAAGAUCUUUUCCGCGCCAAUAUGGACUAUUUGUCACCUACUCUUCAGUUUUUUUAACUGGUCUCCACAUCUUUUUCACUUUCCAACUUGCGCAUCCAGAUUUUUGCUGUUGUUUUUGGAGGGGGGUUUGGUUUCCUGUCUUCAGAAUAUCAGACACUGGGCUCAGACUUUUUAACAUUUUUUCCCCGUGUUCCUCUUGGCCAAGGCAAUAGUUCAAAUAAAUCUAAAUGGUGUUUGUUUUUUCCCCCUUAAUUUUUAAAAUAGUCUGUGUAUUUUUGUGGAAAAAAAGACUGCCAAGUUGUAACUGAUAAAUAUUUUUGUCAGAUUGUUGUAGGAAUGGUAAAGAUCCUCUUGUUUUGCAACAUGUUGAUGAAUGCAUUUCUUUCUACCUUUUUUUAUUUAAUCUUGUUUUCUUUUUUUUUAUUAGAGCUUAAGUUGAAUUGGCUGACUAUGCUACUUUGUAUGAAUCAAUGAUGUUUCAUUGGAUUUUUAUCAUAAACUUGUAUGGAAGUAUGAA